AUGCCAACUUCGAAGUCUUUCUACAGUACCGACUACUACUCAGGCAGCAUCUGGACUUUUUUCAAAACUUUUUCAGAUGUGCAGAGCCAACAGGGUAGUGACAUGUUGGAGACGAUUGAUAUCGAGGAUCUCCCACGAGCUCAGAAACGAUUCGCUAAGCAAUUUGAGAAGGUCAAUGAGGAACGUGUGAAGGAUAUAUUCGCUAAGAAUUACAAAAAUCACGCUGCUCUGGCUGUAUUGAUAUGCGUCGUCGUCGGGAUCUACUAUUAUACGAUCCAUGCUGUGAAACAAGAAACCUUCCUGGAAGAGAUCGAUGAGGAAGUUGCUGCUGAAAGACCAGAAACCCACGGACAUUUGCAUAUUGCUGGGAAGUGA